CAUGUUCCGAAGACCUCUGAUUUUGCAAGGACCAAGGAUCAGACCCAUGACUUCGGUCUCUGGAGGCAAGAUGUGACCACUUAUCCAAAGUUUACUUGUUCUUGUGGAUGCCUAUAUAUACCUUACCAGAUCAAACAUAAAAUCAUCAUCAAAAACAAACCAAGAUACUUGAACACAACAGAAACAAAAAAGAUGGAGAUCCCUAUGAUAGAUUUUAGCAAGUUAGAGGGUGAAGAUAGAAGCGAAACAAUGGCACUUCUUCACCAUGCUUGUGAGCAAUGGGGCUUCUUUCAGAUUGAAAACCAUGGAGUUGAUAAGCAGCUGAUGGACAAGGUUAAGAAACUAGUGAAUCAGCAUUAUGAGGACAACAUGAAGAAGAGUUUCUACAGCUCAGAAAUAGUUAAGAGUGUCGAAGAUAAUAAUAAGACCACUGAUGUCAACUGGGAAAGCACUUUCUUCCUAUGGCAUCGUCCAAAUAAUAAGAUCAAUGAGUACACUAACCUUUCUGAGGAGCUACGCAAAACAGUGGAUGAGUAUAUCAAUCAACUUAUAAAGGUAGCUGAAAAGCUCUCGGAGCUCAUGUGUGAAAAUCUUGGUCUAGAAAAGGAAUAUAUCAAGCAGGCUUUUUUAGGAAGCAAAGGCCCUUCUGUAGGGACAAAAGUGGCAAAAUACCCGAAAUGCCCUCAUCCUGAACUUGUUAGAGGCCUUCGUGAGCACACAGAUGCAGGUGGGAUCAUUCUUUUGCUCCAAGAUGACCAGGUGCCGGGUCUUGAAUUCUUCAAAGAUGGCAAAUGGGUAAACAUACCGCCGUCUAAGAAUAAUACUAUUUUCGUUAACACGGGUGAUCAAGUGGAAGUCUUGAGUAACGGUAACUAUAAGAGUACAGUUCACCGAGUUAUGACUGACAAAGACGGAAGUCGGCUGUCAAUUGCUACCUUUUAUAAUCCUGCAGGAGACGCUGUCAUUUCUCCAGCUCCUAAAUUGUCAUACCCGAAUCGGUAUUCUUUUCAAGACUAUCUAAAACUUUAUUCGUCUACAAAGUUUGAAGAUAAAGGCCCAAGAUUCGAAUCGAUGAAGAAGAUGGUUAAUGGUCACUAGAUAUGUGAAAUCUUUCUACAUAAGAGCCAAUGGUCUCAACCAGUGUGUGCUACUUGCUUCUUUUGUUUUUCCAGUUCUGUUUCUAUUAAGCAUCACAUGUUUUCUUAUAUAUAUAU